UCUUGUAUUCUUUUUAGUGACGUAGUGUUGAUAAUAUAUAAUGCCAAUAAUAAUAUACCGGCAGUAAUAAUAUUGAAUAUUCAAUAAUAUUAUAUUAUUAUAAUAAUUAUUAAAAAUAUUUUGAAAAUUAGAAGAAAUUUUUACGCCGCUUAUUGUUAUCUCGUACGUAUCUGUUGUGGGGCGGAUAUACGCGUUUCUGAACCUUAAAAAACUGAAUUUUAGAGUUGUGUGAAAAAGAAUAAAAAACAACAAUCAAAAUUAUACACAUAUAUACAUUGUAAGACUCGCCAAUUUCAUAAAAUUUUACGAACGAACACUUGUCACUUGAGGAUAACUUUAAACUUAAAAGCGUAUUAUAAACAUUUGGAUUUUGUGAUGUUGCAGUCAUUCUACGAAUUGCCCUUCCAUCUGCUCGUUCCGCCAAACUUAAAAUUGAGAUUCCAAUUACCAAAGCCAUCACCCUUUUUUAUUUUUAGCUGGAUACUUGUUUCAUAUUUUCUUGUAACCGGAGGUAUUAUAUAUGAUGUUAUUGUGGAGCCGCCUAGCGUUGGUGCUACAGUUGACGAAAACGGUCAUUCGCGCCCCGUGGCUUUUAUGCCAUAUCGUGUAAAUGGUCAAUAUAUUAUGGAAGGAUUAGCGAGUAGUUUUCUAUUCACAAUUGGCGGUAUUGGAUUUAUAAUUAUGGAUGUGAGCUCCAACGCCCUUGGAAAAACAAAGCUAAAUAGAUUGUUGUUGUCAUCAAUGGGAUUCAUAUUUAUCUUGGUGUCAUUCUUUACUACUUGGCUCUUUAUGCGUAUGAAGCUUCCAAGCUAUUUACAACCUUAAGUGAACCUUUUCAGUAUUUUCGAAAAAUUAAAAUAUAAUACUAUCUUGAAUAUCUCUAAAUAUAUUCCAUAUAAUGUUUUCAAAA